AUGGCUCUUCUGGCUGCCCGAACCACAGCCCGCCUCAAUGCCACCGAGACAGCAACCCAAUACAUCCUGCAAAAUGACCGUCUCUACGUCGCGGUGAGCAAGAGCAGCGGACAAGUGACGGACCUCGAGCUCGAAUCGCAGGACCUGCUUGGGCCUGUGUCCGGCAACACCGGCAAAGGACCGUACCUGGACUGCUCGUGCACGCCCAGCGGCGCAUGGACGCCCGGGUCUUCCACGGCGAAGAGGUUCCAGCUCAUCGAGGGCGUGGACUCGACGGGCACUUCCUAUGGCGGCAUCAUCAUGGGCGACACGUUCGCGGCCACGAACCAGUCCUUGUACCAGUACAUCUUCCUCCGCGAAGGCGAGACAGGCCUGCACAUGUUUUCCCGGUUGACGUAUUUCAACGAAUCGAAGCCGCUGCUAAGAGAUCUUGGCGAGCUGCGGACUCUAUUCCGGCCAAACACGGACCUCUGGACGCACAUGUCGAGCAGCGAGGGCAACUGGGCGUCGCUGCCAUCGAAGCGGGCGUUUGCCGAGGCCGUCACCGUGCAGGACGCGACGACCUACCUCGGGCGCACCACGUCGGACGGGUACGUCCAAGAGUACUCGGACUUCUUCACAAAGUACACGUUCUCCGAGCUGUGGCGCGACCACGACGUCCACGGCCAGUACGCAGACGGCUCGACCACGGCAGACGGCAGCACGUUCGGGGCCUGGCUGGUCCACAACACGCGCGAGACCUACUACGGAGGGCCCUUGCACUCGGACCUCGUCGUCGACGGCAUCGUGUACAACUACCUCGUCUCCGGCCACCAUGGCGCUCCCGUGCCCAACAUCACGCACGGCUUUGACCGCACCUGGGGUCCGCAGUACUACCACUUCAACAAGGGCGCGCCGGGGACGACGCUAGCCGAGCUCAGGGCUGAUGCGGUGCAGUAUGCGAGACCGGAGUGGAACGCCGAGUUUUACGACAGCAUCGCACAUUAUGUGCCCAACUACGCGCCGACCAGUAAGCGGGCUACCUUCAGGGCCAACAUCGAGCUGCCCGAGGGAUCCAGACGGCCUAUCGCCGUGUUGUCGGAGAAUGGUCAGGACUUCCAGCUCAACGUCUUCCGGCCCGAGUCGUUGCAGUACUGGGCAGAGAUCAAUCCAGCUACAGGCGACAUCGAGAUACCCAGAGUCAGGCAGGGCACCUACCGCUUGACUGUGUAUGCAGACGACGUCUUUGGAUGGUUCAUUCAGGACGAUGUCGAUGUCAUUGGAGACAGGCAGGGUCCCAUGGCUGAGUCGUCAGACAAGACAGUAGCUCACUUCACAUGGACCGAAGAGUCUGCGGGCAAGGAGAUCUGGCGUAUCGGCACGCCAGACAAGUCAGCAGGCGAGUACCGGCACGGGUAUGCCUUGGAUGAGUCGAAGCCGUUACAGCCGGAGCAGUACAGGAUCUACUGGGCCAAGUGGGACUUUCCGACUGAUUUCCCGAGCGGCGUCAACUUCCACAUCGGCGAGAGCGACGCUGCCCUAGACUGGAACUAUAUCCACUGGGGUGUCUAUCCCGGGCAGGCGAAUUACAUCAGGCCUGGUCCGCCGAAGUAUUACACGGCCAACAUCAACAACUGGACCGUCACCUUUGACCUGACCGAAGAGCAACUGCUCAACACUAGCACGGCGACACUCACAGUGCAGCUUGCCGGCACGAAGACGGCCAAUGGAAACAAUAAAUGGGCAGGCCAACUGCCCGGCGAGAAGUACAGCAAUCUGCCGUACACGGUAGCCCUCAAUACCGGCACAGGCGGACUUGAGCAGACGUGGGUAAUUCCGUAUUGGCGCAGCGGGUCUUGUGGUGUCCGAAGCAGUGUCAUCUGCCAGAAUACCGAGCACAAGUUUGUGUUUGAUGCCACGAAGACACUGAAGGUCGGUAGGAAUGAGUUGGUCUUGAGCCUGCCCUUCAAUGCCACGAACACGGAGACAGCACUGUUGCCUGAUGCAUUAUAUGUACAGUACGAUGCCUUGAGAUUUGAGCUAGCGUAG